UAGCGGACUGCUAUCUCCCCCCCACCUCCCCUCCCCCGAGCUCGGGGUUGGAUUCUGCAACUUUCUUGCACCACCAACUUCCUUCUCUGCGAGCGCAGCCUAGACGCGCGGAGGCGUCUUCGAUAGUCCCGUCGUAGACUUCGGGGAGACAGCGAUGGGGGCCAGGCGAGGAGGAGGCGGCCGGCUGUGAAGAAGGGCGAACCAGCUACCGAGCGGACCGCGGCAGCCGGCGGGGACAGGAGGAGGGCUGGAUCAUCAUGAGCUCGGUCUGGAAGCGGCUCCAGCGCGUCGGGAAGCGAGCGGCCAAGUUCCAGUUCGUGGCCUGUUACCAGGAGCUCGUCGUGGAAUGCACCAAGAAAUGGCAGCCAGACAAACUGGUUGUGGUCUGGACUCGAAGAAACCGGCGGAUCUGUUCCAAGGCACACAGCUGGCAACCGGGGAUCAAGAACCCCUAUCGGGGCACAGUGGUAUGGAUGGUGCCUGAAAAUGUGGACAUCAUGGUGACACUCUAUCGGGACCCCCAUGUAGAGGAAUAUGAAGAUAAGGACUGGACCUUUGUGAUUGAAAAUGAGUCGAAGGGGCAGCGCAAGGUGCUGGCUUCUGUGGACAUAAACCUCAAACGCUUCGCCAGCUCAACUCCUACCCAGGUUGACCUAAAUCUGAAGCUGAAGCCGCGGUCGGUGAAGGUGGUGGCAGCUACACUACAGCUCACGCUCUGUUGCGCGUUCCUGUAUGAGGGAAAAGCCACGGACGAGGACAUGCAAAGCCUAGCCAGCCUGAUGAGUGUCAAACCCUCUGAUAUCGGCAACCUGGAUGACUUCGCCGACAGCGAGGAAGAAUCAGAAGAAGCUCCAAAGCAGAGCCGGCAGGCAGACGGUGCAGGCCAUGGGGUGUCUUCUAAAGCUGUCACUGAAGUACCUAGGAAAGCAACAGAUCCCCUGGCUGGCAGCACCUCCCAGCCGGAUCCCCCUCGUCCUGUGACAGAGUCAGCCCCCACCGUCUCCACGGCAGCGCCCCAAGCAGUAAGUGAUGUGGAGUAUGCUGGGCAUGUGGGAUAUGGAGGGGCGAGUGGUGUAUGCCCAAGAGGAGCGACUAACAGCCAGAGGGGGCCAGGCAUCCAGAACCGAUGGACGGGCACUUCUGCAGAACCGGCACGAGCAUGGGCCAAAGAGGAGAAAGAUGAGGAAGGGUCUGCAUGGUCACCAGGACGUCCAGCGUCGCCGAGCACCACUGAAGUGAGGCCUACUGAUGUCUGGAAACCUCGGGAGCAGAAUCCUCUGUCUGUACCACCAAGGAAGAAGAGUCCUUCCAAGGGACCCACCAGACCUGCAGAUUUGUCCACAUUGCAUUCAGCUGCACCUGAGGCACCCCCUGUGAGGAAACGCCGGCUGGAGAAGAAGCUGAUACCUCCAGGGAAUCCCCAGGCUGUGGAGGAAAUGGCCACACCUUCAGAGAAUGACUCUCGCCCCACAAUGCCUGUUGCCCUGGAGACCCCAGCAUUGGAGAAACUCUCCUGCAGGAGCCUUGUGGAAGUGCCCAUCUCUCAACCACAGUCCCAUAGUUCUGUGGUCAUGUAUUUUGUGGAGGAAACAGGCCUGGCUGAACAGAGGCCUGUCGUUGUCACCAACGAAGCAGGAUCCGGAGGGUCUUCAGAUGCGGCAUUCUUGGCCUUGUCUCCUAUCAUGGGGGUAUCUCCGGUGGCACCCAGCCACGAGGUCCAGAGUUCAGUGGGAGAUUGGUUGAUGCCAGAAGCCGCUCCUGCGUCGACAAGUUCUAGUGGCCUGGCGGAAGUGAUGGAAAUGGAGUGUGGGGGAGGAUGUGGAGAGGUGGGGCAGCUGUCAGAACUGCCAGUAGUGCCCCCAGCUGAGCCAGCAGGGUAUGGGAUGGAGGAGGAACAACCUGUAGUCAAAGAGGAGCUUUCUGACAGUGAGAGGAAGCCUAUGAUGGGAGAACCGUCGCUUUGGUGGCUUCCAGCUGAACCAGAGAGGGGCCAGCUUGAGGCUGAAGACAGCUUGGAGGACAGGGAUACCACUUCCGGAGGGGAAACUGACUCAGCACCUCCUCCAGAAGCCUCUCCUCAGAUGAAGGCACAUCAGAUAGGGGGAGGGUUAGAUGCAGAGAAUUGCCAAGUCUCUGAGAUGUCAAAAAACCCAUUUUUGCCAAGCAAUCUAUCCCCAGAAGGUUUGGUGGAGCAGGAAGGGUGGGAGGUACAACUGAAGGUUGAAGAGGACUUUGCAAAUGGCAAACUCCAAACCUCAGCAGACUCACCACCUCCUGUGGAGAGGUGCCAGGAAGAGGCUGUAGGAGCGGGCUGGGCAGAGGCCCCCACACCUUCCCUGGCUGAUCCAGAGGUUUGUCAGGGAAAGGAACAGGAAACAACAGCUGCUGAAUGCAGUCUCCAAACUCUGUCUGAGGCCCUGAAGGCUCCUGCCAAAGUGGAGAAAGGAGAACUGGAUGGUGGGAGUGAUGUGGGCCAGAGCAUGUCUUCUGGUGAUGCUGUGCAGCUGGUGGCAGAAAAGGAACUUUCAAGAGGGGGACCUGUUGGACCAGAGAAGGAAGAGGAGCAGGGCAAAGGGGAAGAUGGCAGACGGAAGUUUCCAGAUGAGACUCUGGAGGUCACUCUGGCAAAGGCACACAGACCAGAUCAAGAAGCUUUGCAUAUGGAGUUCUCAGGGAGCAGCACCCUUGGCCAGGAAAGGGCAGGGAUUGGUCAUGAGGGAAAGAAAAGCCCAGAUCUGCCUGAUGGCGGAGGUCAAAAAGAAGAAAGGAAAGCCAGCACUGAAGGGUCUUGGGCAGAGCAGAGUUUGCCAGCGAGAAACAGUGAGGGGGCAGAGGCCUUGGCACUCUCUCCACCGCUCCCUCCCCUCCCACCUCAGGAUACCACCUUGCCCCUCCCAGCUCCCCGGGCCCUCAAGGAGAAGUGUGGCAAACCCAACCACGAGCCUCUGGUGCCCGCCUCCAUGUCCUGUGGCACAACACCGGAUUUCAAAGGUCAAGGGGAGGCCCAGGUUGACUCCCCCUGCAGCCCAACACUCGUGAGUUCCAGCCAGUCCUUGCUGGAGUGGUGUCAGGAGGUGACGGCCGGCUACAGGGGCAUCCGCAUCACCAACUUCACCACAUCUUGGCGCAACGGCCUGGCUUUCUGCGCUAUUCUACACCACUUCCACCCCGAGAUGAUCCAGUAUGACACCCUGGACCCGCUGGAUAUCAGACAUAACAACAAACUGGCCUUUGAUGGUUUGGCCUCCUUGGGGAUCUCCCGGGUGAUGGACCCUGCCGACAUGGUUUUCCUGACAGUGCCAGAUCGGCUGAUUGUCAUGACAUACCUGUGCCAAAUCCGGGCUUUUUUCACGGGGCAAGAACUGAAUGUGGUGCAGCUUGCUGGCCACAGCAACCAGACCACCUACAAGGUGGGUAAAUUUGACACAGACUCCUCUGCCUUGGUUGAUCCUGCCAUGUUUUAUUCUCAGUCUCUUCAAGCUGUCGCCUCUCAGCCAGAGGCUCCUGGGAACCCUGAUGCCCAGGACUCUGGGAAGACAUCUGGUGCUGUGACGGGGAAUGAUCAAAAACCAGAAGCGGAGGGCCCUCCCCAACAACAUGCUGGAAGUGCAGAAAGCACAGAUGUUCCAGAGGGCUUUGGGAAUGGAGCCCUAACAGAGGACUUGAAGGCAGAAGCUGGUGAUGCAGAACCUUUGCCAGUUGCACAGCUGGAGCAGGCAUCUGAACUUGUGGUUGCUGCAAAGGGUGAUGGGAAGGCAGUUGCAAAUGGCAUCACUGCCAAAACAGUUGAAGAACUGAAGUUGGAGCCCCUGGUGUCUGUGGAGUGUGAAGCAGAGAUUGCAGAGGUUGAUGGGCAGACUGAAUGUACCCCAAGGUCACAGCCCUUCCCCAAGGACUCUGUGGUAGAGGCUUCUAGGCCCAAGGAAGAAGCAUUUACAAAUGGUGGUGUAGCUGAUUCAACCACAGAACAUGAGCCAGAUUCUCUGGCCCAAGUGGAUUCUGGGGCUAAAUCCUCAAAACUUGAUUGGGACAUAGUGUCUAAUGGUGCCAUGGCCAGUCUGAGUACUGAACAAGAUGAAGAGUUCUCUGCCCCUGGGGAUUCUGGGAAUGAAGGGAAGGCAUUAGCUAGCAGUUCUAUGCCCAUCCAAGACACAGGACCAGUGGCUCCAGGGGAUAGUGGGAUAGAAGCUGAAAAGUCUGAUGGGAAACCAUCGGCCAGCAACAACGAGAAGCUGGUGCCCCCUCCACGGCUGAAACGGAUCGCCUCCCGGAGUGGUGCUGAGCGCCCCCUGCAGCGCACCCUCUCCACGGGGAGCCAGCAGGGUCCUGUAGCCCCGCCACGACCACAUGCAGGCAAGUCCACCUUCGCUCAUGUGCGGGAUGCAGACCUGGUGAAGAAGCGGCGUUCGCGGCUCAAGAGCGAGUCCUCCCUGUCGACGGACGAAGCAGAUGCAGGCGGCCCUUCAGAGGACUCCACCAAAAGGCUGGCUGCGGAUGAUGGCUUAGAUGAGAGUUCAAGACUCAGACAAGGCCCAGCAAAGGUGCAGCAACUUCCAGCUCCUUCCAGCACUACCUCCCAGAACCAGAUCCAGGACUCUGGCCUCAAGAACAGCACCAAUGAAGAGGAAGUUCCGAAAUUCCAGGACACCAGCCAGUAUGUGGUAGCUGAACUUCGGGCAUUGGAGACGGAACAGAGACAAAUUGAUGGACGGGCAGCCAUCGUGGAGAAGGAGCUACGAGGACUCAUGGAAUCAGGUGCUGACAAGCUGAAAGAAGAGGAGCUGAUCCAGGAAUGGUUCACGCUGGUAAAUAAGAAGAAUGCCCUGAUCCGGCGGCAGGACCAACUGCAGCUUCUGAUGGAAGAGCAAGACCUGGAGCGGCGGUUCGAGCUCCUGAGCCGUGAGCUGAGAGCCAUGAUGGCUAUUGAAGACUGGCUGAAAACAGAAGCCCAGAAGCAGCGCGAGCAACUCCUGCUGGAAGAGCUGGUGUCCCUGGUGAACCAGAGGGACGAGCUGGUGCGAGACCUGGACAUCAAAGAAAGGAUAGCUCUGGAAGAGGAUGCCAGGCUAGAGCGGGGAUUGCAACAGAGAAGACGGAAGCUGAGUCGCAAGGAGAAAUGCCGCGUCAGCUGAGAUGGGGCAAAGCGAGUCGCUAUCCUUCCCCCCCCUCCCACCACCACAUGUCAGCAGGGGGAGUCAGCAAAUGACAGCACUUCUUGUUCCCUAAAGACAGCACCUCCCCUCCCCACCUUCAGGGCACCUCCUGCCCUGACACAGUAUUGCGUCCUGCCAGUGCCAAUCAUUACCCACAGUCCUUUGGGGCCUUAAGCUGCUUGUCGCUUGACAUAAGUUAUGCCAAAGAAGGGUUUGGGGUGGGGUGCAGCCCUGAACUGCAUUCAUUCUUUGACUCCAUUCCCAAGAACUAGAGGAUAUUUUGGAUGGCAUUUUUUUUUUAGGGCAGUGCCCAUGAAUCUACUACCUGGAGAAAGCAGAAAACAACUUUUUAAUCUCUCUCUCUCUCUCUCCAGUCUUUGAAUCUAUUUAUUUGUGUGUGUGUGUGUGUGUGUGUGUGCUUGUCCGUGAAUGAGCUCCUCCUCUGGUUUUAAUGUCUGCUUCCUCCCCAAACCAAGGAUGCUGUUGUUUUUUAAAAAACAAAGCUUUCACAGGGCUUUUGUGUUUUAUUUUAUUUUUUAAUUAUCAAUGUUAUUCUCCUCAAUGGUACAAAAGUCACAAAGUGCCUUGGACACUCAGACAGCCAGAUCUGGUCAUGGUGAAGCUCUCCCAGUUUCACACCGCCCUUUUCUUCUCUCCCGUCCCCCACCCCACAGCACUCAAGUUGGUCUCUUCCAGGUUAUUUGCACUAAAUCUGUACCAGGGUUUGAAAUAAACAUAUCAAAAAGACA